CCCUUCCUCCCCGGAGGCCCACCCCCUGCGCGUAGCAGCCAAGCCUAUAAUCUGUCGUCGGUGCUGAUGCGUAUCUGAUGCACUCCCGUGUCCUUAACGAGGAACCACUGGUGCUGCGGGGGACGGAUAUCGCGCCACGGGAAAACGGGCCGACCCCAGUCACUGUUCUUGUACACGACGAUGACUCACCGGAGUGCAGAAGGUUCUCCAUCCCCAGAGCCUUCAACAACAGUCUGAGCAGAGCAGCUACCAGCGUGGUACAACUCAUGUUCCAGGUGGAGCCAAUCCGUUCCCCUUUAACUUUGUGGCCAACUACACAGUCAGUACCGAGGUGGCCUCCAUGGAGUUCCGCGGCGAGAUGCGGUUCCCAGAUCCCAAUCUCAGACCUCGACGACAAACCAAGCCAUCACGUUGCCGUGAACAAUGGCAGCGCCACCGACAGCAAUGGGGCAGGGUUGACGGGAGUCCCUUUAGCGGGGCCAUUAACGUGA